CAAGAAUUGAGAUAAAAUUGAGAAAAUUAAUAGGUGGAUUGCAGAACAUUCCUUUUAGCAAUAAUAUACUAAAUUUGGCGCCAAAAGAAAUCAUAUUUAAGCAAUUACAACUUAACAACCUAGCUCUCUGUCGCUAUUCAUCUUCAUGCAUCAUGCUGCUUAUUCUCGAAGUAUCCACAUAUCAAUCCCUUUAAGAAUCCAUAAUUUCCCUUCAAUUGUCACCUCUUCAGUCUCUAUAUUCGACUACAGCCAAACCCACUUCAAACAAUAUCACCAAUCUUCUAAUAAUAAUGCACUUCUUGAUUUUUUCAGUCACCUUCUUCAACAAUGCACUACUAUUCAACACUGUCAACAAAUCCACACCCAUGUCACUGUCACUUCUAGCUUUUCCUCUGCUUUCUUGGCUGCUCGUCUUAUAUCUGUGUAUGCUCGUUUUGGCUAUCUCUGUGAUGCCCAGAAGGUAUUUGACACAACCCCUUUUGAGUGUAGAUCUAAUUUUAUUUUAUGGAAUUCAAUCUUGAGAGCUAAUGUUUCUCAUGAAUGCUAUGAGAACACCAUUAAAUUGUAUGUUAGAAUGAGAAAGAUUGGAACUUUAGGAGAUGGGUUUACUUUCCCUUUGGUCAUUAGAGCUUGUGCCUAUAUGGGUAGUUUUAUUUUGGGUAAAACAAUUCAUGGGCACGUCUUAGAAAUGGGGUUUCAGAGUCAUCUCCAUGUUGGAAAUGAAUUAAUUGGUAUGUAUGCAAAAUUGGGUCGAAUGAGAGAUGCACGCCACCUGUUUGAUAGAAUGAGUGUUAGAAGUUAUAUCUCAUGGAAUACUAUGGUCUCAGCCUAUGCGUUUAACUAUGAUUGCAAUGGUGCACUUGAGAUUUUUCAAAGGAUGGAAUCUGAAGGAAUGGAGCCAAAUCUCGUUACUUGGACAUCAUUGAUUUCAAGUUAUGCGCGUUCUGGUUGGCAUGAGGAAGCAAUGGAGUUGUUUGGUUUAAUGAGGAUGAAAGGAGUUGAAGUGAGUGGUGAAGCACUUGCUGUGGUGAUAUCAAUUUGUGCUGAUCUGGGUGCUUUUGUUAGGGCUAAGAUAAUUCAUGAAUAUGCGGUAAAAGGUGGGUUCGAAGAAUACUCAUUUGUGAAGUCUGCAUUGAUAUGUGUGUAUGGGAAACAUGGAGAUGUAAAUGGUGCAUGGAACUUGUUUCUGGAAAUGAAAAAUAAGAGUUUAGCAAGUUGGAAUGCGUUGAUAACAUCACAUGCAGAGGCUGGUUUAUGUGAUGAGGCUCUUGAAAUAUUUUCACAGUUGGAGAGAUCAGGAGAUUGUCCAAGGUUGAGGCCGAAUGUAGUAAGUUGGAGUGCUAUAAUUGAUGGCUUUGCUUCCAAGGGCCGAGAGAAGGAGGCUCUGGAACUUUUUCGACGAAUGCAGCAUGCAAAAAUAUUGGCAAAUGCCGUGACAAUUUCUACUGUUUUAUCACUUUGUGCAGAGUUAGCUGCACUGCAUCUUGGUAGGGAAAUCCAUGGACAUGUGGUUAGAGCUGUGAUGGUCAACAACAUUCUGGUGGGAAAUGGCUUGGUUAAUAUGUACGCAAAGUGUGGAUGUCUCAAGGAAGGGCAUAUGAUAUUUGAGAAAACUGAGAGGAAAGAUUUAAUAUCAUGGAACUCUAUGAUCACAGGAUAUGGGAUGCAUGGACUUGGUAUGAAUGCUCUAGAAACUUUCGAUCAAAUGAUUAAAUUGGGAUUUAAGCCGGAUGGGGUUACCUUCGUUGCUGUUCUUUCUUCAUGUAGUCAUAGUGGGCUUGUUCCUGAGGGUCGUAGGCUUUUUGAUCAGAUGCUUAAGAAGUACAGGAUUGAACCCCAGAUGGAGCACUAUGCUUGCAUGGUUGACCUCCUAGGCCGUGCAGGAUUAUUGAGAGAAGCAAGUGAAAUUGUGAAAAACAUGCCAGUGGCACCUAAUGCUUGUGUCUGGGGUGCUCUUUUGAAUUCUUGCAGAAUGCACAACAAUACGGAAAUUGCGGAAGAAACUGCUUCCCAUUUGUUUAAUCUUAGCCAUAGGGAAACGACAGGAACUUACAUGCUGCUCUCUAAUAUAUAUGCUGCAAGUGGUAGAUGGGAAGAUUCGGCUAGAGUGAGAACCUCGGCAAAGACAAAGGGCUUAAAGAAAAACCCUGGUCAGAGUUGGAUUAAGGUGGAGAAGAAUGUCUAUACAUUCUCUGCAGGAAACAAUAUGCAAAGAGGUUUCGAGCAAAUCUUUGAGAUUCUCGAGGAGCUGACGUUUCAAAUGGAGAGGGAAGGAACUGUGCAUGAUACUGAUAUCACUCCACAGGCUGUAUAUCAAGAAACUAGAUUGACUAUGCGAGUUUAACAAUAUUAAACCUCAGUCCCAAAUUUAGUGAGGAUUGACUGUACAAAUUGGUUUUGGCAUAGUGUUAGACAAUUAAUGCGAUUCAUUUCUAUAGUAAAAUUUGUUUGAUUGAAUGGA